ACACAGCGAAGGAAAGCAGCGGCAUAUGGGUCGGGGGACGAGAAACACCACGAGACCUGUUUAUCCUCGCGAGAACGGGUCUGCUUCCGCCUUGACUGAAGAAGAAAGGCGGAUGUAUUGGUUAUGGUUUGUAAGGUUCCUUGGUUUUAAAUUGUAAGCCUCACAAACAGCACACAGGGUGACAGAAGUUUCAACCAUGGCAGACACAGAAGAGGAAAGGAGCCCCCCACCACAGGGAGGUGGUUCUGUGCAAUUCUUGUUGGCCAAUAAAUUGGAGACGGCUAUGUGGCUCUCCCGCCUGUUCACUGUAUAUUGCUCAGUAUUGUUUAUUCUUCCUCUCCUAGGGUUACAGGAGGCUGCUAAUUUUUACCAACGUGCCUUGCUGGCAAAUGCUCUUACCAGUGCACUUCGACUACACCAGAGGUUACCACAUUUCCAGCUAAGCAGAGCAUUCCUGGCCCUGGCUUUGCUAGAGGACAGCUGUCAUUAUCUCCUGUUUUCCCUAAUAUUUGUGAACUCUUAUCCAGUUACAAUGAGUAUUUUUCCAGUCUUUCUGUUUUCCUUACUUCAUGCUACCACAUACACAAAGAGGGUACUUAAUGCAAUGGGCCCAAGCAGUCUGGCCUUUGUGAGGACCUUUCUGGAUAAGCUUGCAACAAACCAGCAAAGCAUUCUCAAAUUUAUUGCUUGUAAUGAAAUUUUCUUGAUGCCAGCUACAGUCUUCAUGCUUUUCAGUGGUCAAGGAAGCUUGAUACAGCCAUUUAUUUAUUACAGAUUUCUAUCUCUUCGCUACUCCUCCCGUAGAAACCCAUAUUGUCGAACUCUUUUCACCGAACUGAGGAUCCUGAUUGAACAUGUUACAAUGAAGCCUGCCUGCCCCGUGUUCCUAAGAAGAAUGUGCCUCAAUAGCAUUGCCCUUGUUAGCCGGUUGGCACCAACAGGGGCAUGAGAAUGAGACUGGGAUAUGGUUUGGUUAUUGAAGAAACAUCCUCAAUAUUCCCAGGAGCUGGUCUUUCUGCUAAUUCUGUCUAUAGCUAAUGUUUUAUUUCAUAAUGCACUGAAUCUUUGUUUGAGUAAGAACCUUUCAAAAUACAGUUUCACAGCACUGAGUACAUAUAAAGCCACUGUAUCAGUAAUUUUUUUAAACAUUUUUUCUGUAUAAAUGCAACUUUUGUUCAUUUUUUUUGUCAAAUGUUCUCAAUUUAAUUGAGGUUUGUUUCCAAUAUACAGUAGCAACUGAAUGACUAAAAUUGAUUUAAUCAUUACUGUACUGUAUUAUACCAGCCACAAUUAUUUCAAAUGACAAGUGUAGUUCACAUAUUAGUUUUAUAACAUGUCUGAUUCAAAUUUUUUUUUUUUAUAAUGAAGGUAGAAAUAUAGAAAGCAUUACAAAACAUUUUAUCAACAGUAGUUUCUUCUGAAAUACUUAAAAAAAAAAAAAAAAAAAAUGUUUAAAUUUAAUUUGAAGGAUUUCAAAGGAAUGUGCGUGAUCUUUGAUGUACCAUAUUUAAAAUCUGCAUUUGGAUAUCCUGUUUCAUUUGUGAUUAGCAUGUGAUUUAAGAGUUACAAUACAUAUGAACGUGUGAUACAAGUAGAUGUGCAGUCAUGGAAUCUAGAACUGCUGGCUGAACUGCAGUAUACCAGUGAUGCAUCUACAGUAUGUGGCCAUGUACCUGGCCCAAACACAGAAAUCUGAAAAUAAAUAACUUUUAUUAAAACAUCUUAAUUUAUUGAAACAUCCUAAAGACCUGUGCUUCUGGAUCAUUGACAUGUUCCCUGUUGGAUUAUUGAUGGCUUUAUUUUUUAUAUAUCCAUGUGGUUAUGAUGACAUGAUUCUAAAAUAUUCUCUUCUAAAAAGUCUACUCGGUUUGGUAAUAUCCUACAACACGCAUAUUGUAUGUGCAAAAUAUAGUAGUUAGGGUUACUUUACUGUUAAGUGAAUUAAAUCCUCGCAGUUAAUUUGGUCUGUAGUGCAUGUUAAUCUUGAUGAAAGCAUCCUUGUUAUUUACACAUGGCUAGCAAUGUGUUCAAUAUUGAAGUCUUGACCUCCAGGUACAAAUUUUAGAAAUAAUACUCAAUAAAUCUAAUUAUUUAAAUUUAGUAUUUAUGUUCCAUAGUUUAUAACUUUAAAUGCUGGUUAUGUAUCAGCUUUUUAAUGGGCUAUUUCUCCUGUUGCAGAUAUGGCUGCAUGAACUGCUGUUGUAUACUUUUCCUCGUUUCAGAUUGAUCCUAUUCUGUAAUAUCAUGGGAUUUUAUGUUAGCUAAAGUUUCUACUUAAAUAAAGUAUAUGGCUGGGA